GAGAAAAAUAUUUUAAAUUAGUGUAAUAAAAUGUGUAAGUUGGUAACGAGUAAGAAGUAAGUUACUCGAUGCGCUGACCCGAACAACCCGUAACCUGAUCCGACCACAACCUGCCCGACCCGAAACCCAAUGAACCCGAACUCGAUUUGCCCGCAACCCGAUUGAACCUGAACACGAUGAACCCGCAACCCGACUAACCCGCAACCCGUUUGAACCCGAACCCGAUAAAUCUGCAACUUGACGAACCCGAAACCCGACUAAUCCACAACCCGAUUGAAUCCAACCCAAAUCCGUCCCACCCCUAUAGCUAAAAUCCAUUUUAUAUGUUGGUAUUGUGGGCCAGAAUGGGCUACCCAAAUUCACCCUUACCAGAUCUGGCAGAACAAAAGAGUACCCACGGACUUUGUAAACUAGAUGCUAGAUCCGUCAAUCAUUGAUUGCCGUUUGCCACUCAAAACGAAGUCCUCCCCCGUUCAAUACGACAUGGAAUUAGCUGCCAAAAAGCGGAGCCGGCCGAAAGCACCGAAGCUUCCAUAGUUUCAAAAUUGCCACCGACUACCCCACUCCUCGAACUUUCUCGAUUUCUCGUUCAUCUCUAACAAUUAAAUUAAACCCCAAUAUUUAAACCAUUUCAACUCAAGAUUACUCGCCGGUUGCAGCAGUGACAAAAACCCGAAUCUCCACAUUUGGGCCUCUCCCAGCUUCUCCUCCUCGUUAUUUGCCGGUCGUCCUCUCUUUCAGACAAUUCCACAAACACCUUCCGAGCAUAGACGCAUCAGAUAGUCAGAUAUAGAAAGAUGGAGGAAAAUGGAGCUGUUACCGUCUACAACGGCAGCGUCAUCACCGACGCCAAGAAGAAUCCCUACUCCAUCAAAGUUGGCCUGACUCAGAUGCUCCGCGGCGGGGCGAUUCUCGAAGUCAUCGACGCCCGUCAAGCUAAGAUCGCCGAGGAAGCCGGCGCGUCUUGUAUAAUGGUCUCGGAGCCGCCGUCGGGUGGAGGUGGAAUUUCGCGGAUGCCAGACCCGUCUCUGGUAAAGGAGAUCAAGCGCGCGGUUUCGGUCCCCGUCCUGGCCCGCGUCCGCGUUGGCCAUUUCGUCGAGGCGCAGAUACUGGAAGCCAUCGAUGUCGAUUACAUCGACGAGAGCGAAGUGCUUGCCCCAGCCGACGAGGAUCACUUCAUCAACAAGCAUAACUUCGGGGUGCCGUUCGUCUGUGGCUGUCGCAAUUUGGGCGAGGCUCUGCGGAGGGUCAGGGAAGGUGCGGCAAUGAUCAGGACGCAAGGUGAGAUAGUUGCCCGUGGGUGCAUCGCCGAGACGGUGAGGAAUGUUAGGAGCGUGAUGGGUGAGAUCAGGAUCUUGAACAACAUGGAUGAAGAUGAGGUGUUUGCGUUUGCUAAGAAGAUCGCGGCGCCUUAUGAUCUGGUCGUGCAGGCGAAGCAGAUGGGACGGCUGCCCGUGGUGCUGUUUGCUGGUGGCGGGAUUGUGACCCCUGCUGAUGCCGCGUUGAUGAUGCAAUUGGGCUGUGAUGGGGUUUUUAUUGGGAAUGAAGUUUUUGACUGUGAUGAUCCGUAUAAGCGAGUUAGGGGGAUUAUGCAGGCGGUUAGGCAUUAUAAUGAUCCUCAGGUCUUAGUUGAAAGUAGCUCAGGACUUGAAGAUUCAAUGGCGGAGCUCAAUCUUAAUGAACCCAGGAUCGAGCAGUUUGGGCGUGGCAGCGAGUAGGUGUGAUUUCUGCCAUCAAUGCAAGUAAUGCCAUUUUCAUCUCUGUAGUUGAGGAUGUCCGUCUGUGUUUCCCCGGCUAUUAUAUAGGUAUACUUGUUCUUAUCGUUUCUUACCUCGGCUGUUCGCUGUUGUUGUUGUGCUCAUUAUGCUUCACAACUUGUCUCUCUAUGCUGUAUUUGUGUGGAAACACAUUUGUGUAGUAUAAUAAAGUACUAAUCAGUUU